AUGGUGGGACAACCGGUGCACGACGCUCUGAAGCACUAUCAAGAUUUCACAGAAUUCUGUGUGACAACUGCUCUAGCUGCUGAUAAACCGAUUACCAAGAGAACGUUGUCUAGAACUUACUUGGCGCAGACUAAGCUGAAUAGAACGGAGACUUUUUUCACUAAAAAAUUCGAAAAAGUGGCGGAAAUCCUGUUCGCCUCUAACCAUCUCAUUGAAACCCAAGCCAAAGUCUUCUUCAUCGCUAGUAUGCCCAUAAUCUGGCAAAAUUUCAAAGAUCGUCUGGAAGCGGGUGGAGAUGUCCGUUACGAUAACGAAAAUCGGAUUCUCAGCUACAAAUCGAGAUUAACAAAUGUGGAAUUCUGUGGGGAUCAUAGAAAUUUCAAGCACACAGGAAGAAGAAAGAAAACGUGUUGUGCUCAUUGUGCUGAGAAGAAACUCUCCGCCAAUCCAUGUGCCCUGACACCCCAGGACGUGCCGUUGUAUCCGAUGGUUCCGCAGCAAGUAUCUGAAAUUAUGGAUGGAGAAAUAGAUGAAGAAGAAUACUAUGAAGAUGAAGAGGAAGAGGAGGAAGAAGAAGAAGAGGAAUAUGAUGAUGAUGAUGACGACGAGCCGGAGUUUAUUGGAAUGGUUCCAGCACCGGAACGGAAUGUUGACACUGACAAAGUGUUCUAUGAUUUCACACAAUACUGUGUGGAAAUGGCACAAGCCGCGUCGAAACCCAUAGCCAAGAGAACAUUGUCCAGAAACUUUGGCCAAAAAAUUAAUUUGAAUCGAUCGGAGAAGUUUUUUAGUUAUCGAUUUGAUAAAGUGAUCCAAAACCUGUUCAAUUCUGACCACUCAUUUGAGACCCAGGCAAAAGUAUUUUAUGUGACAAGCACUCCAGUCGUCUGGCAAGAUUUCCGAGAUGAAAUGGAGAAAAGUGGAGAGGUGCGAUUUGAUACGGAGUGGCGGAUACUCAGUUAUAAGUCGCGGAUCAGUGGAAUGGCGUUUGAUGGGGAGCAUAGAAGGUAUAAAAGUGCGGGACCGAAGAGGAGGAAAUCGAAGAAUGGGACGAAUGGAUUGGGAGUGUCUGAAGUAGAAGAGGAGGAAGCAGAAGAUUAUGACGUUAUUGAGGAGGGUGAUGAGGAUACAGAGUUCUUGCAGCAGGGUUACAAUGUCACCAGCCAACAGCAGAAUACUCUGGUCUCCCCAAAAGACGAGAGCGUAUCCCCGCCAGCAACAGUACCCGCACCAGUAUCUCUAUGGGAUCAACGAGCAAAUGAGCCAUUUUGUGACGAGUACGGUAGACCACUUGAGCAAUUCCCUUGGUAUCAGCAAGACGUUCCGCCGCCUAUUGUACAAGGGAACCAUUCUGGAUACUCUACUAAUUUUAUGGGCCCAUCAUCAUCUGGGAUUACGAGUAUUGGCGGGGAGACGCCGAUUGAGAGCAAGCCACCUGUGAUGCAGGUGGAGCCGGGAUUUGUAACCAGGAAACGGGAUAGCACGGAUGUGUUGGGAGGAGGAGGACAAGAAGCCAAAAGAAACAAAUGGGUGAAUGAGAGCUGUUUGAGAGAUGCUGCAGGGACUCCAGCGGAAAGUGUUCAGUCAGGAAUCUCUUCCUCCUCUUCUCUGCCUCCUUCUAUCCCUCCUGCCACCGUUUCAUUCAACCACUACGCGAAAUUCCUCCGAGAAAUCUACCUAUUCUUUGGUGAAACUCUGUGCAGCUUCGAUCCGAACCUCAAAAAAGAGUAUCUUCUGGCGGAAAAUGAGAAUGUUGGAAUGAAUAUCAAACCGUCUACCAUCAAGUCAUACCUUGAAGUGUAUCUCAAUGAAAUCUGUCAUGAAAAGAAUAAUACAAUGGAGAAUGUGAUUAGUUUGAAAAACUUACUGGCAGAGUUUAAUCAAAUGGCCAAACAUUUCGGAGAAGGUCUUACUGGAGAGAUUGUACCGGUUGUUGGGGAACUAUUGGAGGAUACGAAGGAGGAAGAUAUGGUCAGCAAAUCGACGAUCUUGGUGACAAUUGGAAAAAUGACGGAUGGGCUGAAAAAGUGUGCGAAACCUGUUCAUUAA